AUGGAAGAGGAGCCAUUCCUCGAGAUUUACUUAGACCAGUGCAUGAAUCAGGAUGAGCUUGCCUCUACCAGCUCUCAUCUCUUCAGCCCUCUUACGCCAUAUGAUUCAUACUUGCAUAGUUCAUCUAAUCAAGAGACAUUUGCUUCUCAUCUUGAACCUUCUACUGAUUUUUCAUCUGUGGAUCUUAGCUUCCUGCCAGAUGAACUUAACCAAGAAAGCAAAGAACACUCCCUCAUGGAAGGGAAACAAGGAAUAGAAGGAAAGCAUGAAAUACAAGGAGGUCCAUCUAGGUUACAGUCACUAAGUGAGAAGAUUGGUAGCGGUAUUUGCACAGACAACUUCAGCUCGUCAAAUUCUGGUUCAUGCCCACUUUCAGAUGGAAAUUCAACUCUGCCUUCUCCAGAGAAUUCUACCUCUGGCUUCUUUCCUUUGACAUCCAUGACUCCUUUGAUACCAGUGACCCCUGUUUCAGAAGGCUCUGGAAUACUUCCCCAGUUACAGAAUAUAGUAUCCACUGUAAACCUGGCUUGUAAAUUAGAUUUGAAGAAAAUAGCUUUACAUGCAAAAAAUGCAGAAUAUAAUCCAAAGAGGUUUGCUGCUGUGAUAAUGAGGAUUCGAGAGCCCAGGACAACAGCACUUAUAUUUAGUUCUGGGAAAAUGGUCUGCACGGGAGCCAAAAGUGAAGAACUGUCUCGACUUGCAGCGAGGAAAUUUGCCCGCGUGGUGCAAAAGCUUGGAUUUCCUGCCAGAUUUCUGGAUUUUAAAAUCCAGAACAUGGUUGGAAGCUGCGAUGUGAGGUUUCCAAUCAGGCUAGAAAGCUUGGUGCUCACCCAUCAGCAAAUUCAAAGUUAUGAACCUGAACUAUUUCCUGGCCUUAUUUAUAGAAUGGUUAAGCCAAGGUUUCUGCUUAUCUUUGUAUCUGGAAAAGUGGUAUUAACAGGUGCCAAAGAGCGUUCUGAAAUCUAUGAAGCAUUUGAAAACAUCUAUCCCAUUUUAAAGGGUUUUAAAAAAGCCUAA